AUGGCAUUUCAUCGACCACAUCCUAAGAGAAUAUCUCAUGAACCAGUAUCUAAUCGAGAAUUGGAAUUGGAGCAGGUAAAUCAAGCUUUAAGAGAUGAGUUAUCUAACGAAGUUUCAAUCAAUAAGUCAAAUGAGAAAUACAUAAAUGAGCUAGAGCACAAAUAUACCCAGUGUGAGAAAGAAAUCCAAUCCCUCAAUAAAGAACUGGAAUGGCUUGAUAAUGCUUUGGAGGAAGAAAAGGCGGAGUUGAGAUCGGAGAUAGUGUCCCUUAAAAGAAGCUUAUAUCAAGCUAAAAAGGAAAUCCGAGAUAAGGUAUCCUAUACUGAUAUUAUAGAGAAGCAAUUACAAGAAUCAGAAGAGCGGGUUCAAAAUCUAAGGCUUAGAUUCAAAAUUAUUUCUUCAAGAAGAAGCUCUCCUAUCUUAUAUAAUUCAGAAGAAGAUACAGAUAUGGCACAUAUAGACCCCUUUAUAAAUAUCACUAGAGGAUUAAAUCGCCUUGAAAACCAUUUCACGGGGGGUACACCCUUAAUUAAUCCUGUCAAUAUUAUCCAAGGUAUGUAUGGCACUUUAAAUACUAUUUGGGCUAAUUAUCAAAGAAUAGACCAGGAUUUAGAUGAUGUUACAAAUCAACGAGAUGCUCGAGAUGCGCAAAUAGUACAAUUACAGCAAGAUGUCAAUCAUUUUAGACAGCAAAAUAUUGCUUUACAAAAUCAUGUUAACCAACUUACACUAGAGCAUUUGAGAUUACAAUUCGAGCAGUUGGGAAUCAAUCAGGCAAAAAUGGCUCGAAUAAUACAUGCAGUUUUAAAAUCAUCCCAAUACAAAUGUUCAAAGUGUGGUAAAGCAGGCCAUAAUUCUCGCAACUGUUCUAAAAAGAAGAGCAAGUCCAGACGUUCUAACAAAAGCAUAUCCAAGAAAAAAGUAAAGCAGAAGGGUAAAUCAUCCUCUAAGAAAAUACCUAAAUCUCGUAAGACUAAACAGAAAGGUGUUGCCACUUCUACUAGUCCAGAUUUUGUAAAUUAUCGAGAACCAAUAUUGGAGAUACCCGAAUCAGAUGGUGAAGAGGAGACAUUGAACGAUCCUAUGGAAAUUGAUUUUGUUCAAAAGAAAAAACCAAUAAGUCUUGCAACUAUAGAAUGCAAGAUCAAGCGCCUGAAAAUUCCAGCAAUGGUACUGGAUAGUGGGAUGAGAUUUCGCGGUGGUCAUAAGUUUAAGAAAUCAGAUACCAUCACUCUUGAACCGGAGCCUUCUAAUACGUAUGAUAAGAAUGCGAUAAAAAUUAUGGUAGAUGGUAUCCAUAAAGCCUAUGUGGCAAAGGAUGAGAAUGUAAGUAUAGGAGAUUUGAUGAAAAAAUACCCGAAUUAUCGGAUUACUGCUCAUGGGAAAAAGAACUAUAAUAAAUCAGCGUCUUUAAACCUUGAAUAUCCUUGGAUGGUUUGUGAGAGAUGUCGCGAUACGCUACAAGCAUCAAGGGACUAUGACUAUAGUUAUUGGUGA